CCUCCACCAAGUCCUUCCACCAUGAUGUGCUACUUCUCCUUGUGUCCAGAGCUAUGGGUUCAACCACCAUGGACUGAACUUCUGGAACCAUGAGCCAAAAGUUGUUCUUGUCAGGUCUUUUGGUCAUGGCAACAAAAUCUCACUAAAACAGUGGGGCAGAGAGAGCAUCAUGGCCAAAGGGCCCGAGGGGAAAGCUGCUCACCUCCUGGAAGCCAGGAAGCAGAAGAAAGGGAGAGGGCAGGGGUCACAGGAAAGAUGAACCCUUCAGUGCCCCCAGCGACCCACCUCCAACACGCCCCACCUGCCUGUAGUUACCAGCCUGUGGAUCCAUUCCAUCUAGGAUGGAACACCUCACAUCCAAAGGAAAUACGUUCAAAGACCUAACAGAAGUCAUGUUCAAAUAAUUCAGGGAAAGUACAAAAAAUGAUUCACCAAAUAGAAAAAUAUAAAUUAAAAGCUAUUAGUUAUUUAAAAAGAAACUCAAUAAAGAAAAAUAAUGAAAAGGAAAUUAAAAGAGCCUCAGAGAUCUAGGAGACACUAUCAAGCAUAUUAUAGUGUGAGGGGGAUCCUAGAAAGAGAGGAGAGAGAAAAACAUACAUUUGAAGAAAUAAUGGCCAAAAGAGUCCAUAUUUGCUGUAAAAACACUAAUUUACAGAUCCAAGAAACUCAAUGAAUUCUAAGUAGAAUACAUUCAAAGAGAUCCACAUCCAGAUGCAUCAGAGUCAAAAUGUUCAAUACCAAAGACAGACAAAAUCUUGAAAGCAACAAAGGAUUGAUUACUCCUAAUAUUUAAAGGAACCUCAAUAAGAUUAAGGACCAGCCUCUCUUCAGAAACCACGAAGUCAGAGCUCAGGGCUUAUGUAUUCAAAGUAUUGUAAGAAUAAAAGCUGUAAACCAGGAAUUUCAUAUUUAGCCAAUAAAAUUAUCCUUCAAAAUUAAGAUGAAAAUACAUUCUCAGGUAAACAAUAUCUGAUGAAUUCACUGGUCAUCAAAAGGACAUAGGAAAUACUAAAGAAAAACUUUACGCAAAAAGGAAAUGACACUAGAUGGUAACUCGAUUUGCAUGAAGAAAUCAGGAGCACUGAUACAGUACGCUUUUGUCUCUUUGAAGAUGUUUCCAAAGUCUGCUCAGCACAUCUACAGCCCAGAAUUUGACAGGAGUAUUAUUGCUCAAGUUUCAUGUUCCAAUGUCCAAACUUGUCUUCAAAGAAGAUGUGUGGAGAUUGGCCAUAUCUGUUCUCCUGGUGAAUGUCCUCAAUGUCGACUGCUAUGGACCUCCAGGACCUCCGGGAUAUCCAGGGGUUCCUGGAUUGAUGGGGCCCCCUGGUUUCCAAGGUCCCACAGGCAUUGUGGGUAUACCAGGACACCCAGGACCUAAAGGGUACAAUGUAAAAUGCCGCUGCAAAGAGAGGUCAGCCUUCACUGUGAAGCUCAGUGGAAGGCUCCCUCCACCUUCCAAGCCUGUUGUCUUCACAGAGGUCCUGUACAAUGAUCAAAUGGACUUGAACGAGACGUCGGGAAUCUUUAACUGCAGGAAACCUGGAAAUUACCAUUUCAGCUUUGAUGUUGAGCUUCACCACUGCAAGGUGAAGAUUGGGUUGAUGAAGAACCAAGCCCAAGUCAUAGAAAAGCGUCAGCUCUCUAAAGAAGAAUAUGAAAACGUUUCUGGUGCCAUGAUUAUGCCCCUGAGACAGGGGGACAAGGUGUGGCUAGAAGCAGAUGUUGAAACAGAGGAACCAAAUCAAGCAGAAAUCAUUAUCUAUUUCUCAGGUUUUCUGAUUACCUCCUAAAACUCUGAGCCUUGUGUGAUUCUUCCACCUGAAAAGAAUAAACCUAGUUUCCAGAUCUUGAAA